GCGGGCCGCCGGGAACGGGGCGGAGCGCGUCCGCGCCGGCGCGUCGAGGGGGGCACAGGCAGCCGCCGCGAUGGACGUGUUCCUCAUGAUCCGGCGCCACAAGACCACCAUCUUCACGGACGCCAAGGAGUCGAGCACCGUGUUCGAGCUCAAGCGCAUCGUCGAGGGCAUCCUCAAGCGGCCGCCCGACGAGCAGCGGCUCUACAAGGACGACCAGCUCCUGGACGAUGGCAAGACGCUGGGCGAGUGUGGCUUCACUAGUCAGACGGCGCGGCCACAGGCCCCAGCCACGGUGGGACUGGCCUUCCGGGCAGAUGAAGCCUUCGAGGCCCUGCGCAUAGAGCCCUUCUCCAGCCCACCUGAGCUGCCAGACGUGAUGAAGCCCCAAGACUCAGGAAGCAGCGCCAAUGAACAAGCUGUGCAGUGAGGGCCUGCUCCCUCCCCAGUGCCCUGUCCCCUAAUAAAAGAUUUGGGUGUCUGCCAGGUUGCUGCCUCUUUCUCCAACUCCCCAGUUCCAGGCAUCACUCUCAUUGGGAUUAUCCUUCCCUUCCCACCCCAAACUUCCUCACACCAGGCUUUUUGCUGAACUACAGGCACUCUGGGCCCAACCCCACACAUAACCUAGGUUGGGGAGGUGCCCAGAAAAGGGCCUAUACAGCCUCUUCCCCUGAAGCUGGGGACCCCUGCCCCCCUUGCCUCUACUGUGUUGGCUACAGGAGCUAAGGUGAGCUGGAGUGUGAGUGUUAAUGUGAAUGGGUGCUAUAGUGUGACCAGAGCCUAGAGCCGUGUUAACAGGGCAGCCUCUCCCACCCUCACCACCACCCUAAUAAACAGUCUAUAGACACUA